AUCAUAGAAGAGGGUCGAUUAAACUUUCUUUAUCCUUAGCGUAGGCAUACAUAGAUAUUAAGUGUUAGAGAUCUAUGUUAAAGACGAUAUAGUUACGGUUGUUAUUGUUGUUACUGUUGUUGGGUUGGUAAUAAUGAUGACGACGAAGGUGAUCGCAAAAAUGAAAUACAGGCAUAGUAUGAAAUAUAUAUAAAUAUACAUUGUGCACAAUUCAAGGUUCUUUUCUUUUUCUCCCCUCUUAAUAAUAAUUAUUAAAUUAAUAUACAAACUUUGGUAUCUGUGCUUUUUUGUUGUUGUUGUUGAUAAUCUAUAGGUUUUUAGUUCGUUUAUUCAUAGGUAUUUUCUAUAUUACAAACAUUGGAUACAGAGUAAAAAUUUUAGUUUAAACAUCAUGAUUUCACGAAUACAUAUUCAUUGUGUUCAAUUCAACUGUUGGUAAAUCAUACUCAAGAUAGAAAAUCAUUACCACACACACACACACACACACAGAUACGUUUACUCAAAGGUACACAUGGAUACUAAUUAUUCAAGUCUUUUCUCAUUUUAAUUGAAUAUAAUCAAUACUACUACUAACAUUAUAAGUAAUGUAUUAUAACUUUCAGGAGAUACAAAUUAUACAUAAUGAUUAUGAUAAAUAAAAAGGACUAAUUAAGAACUUGAUUGGAUUUAUGUAUUUAGAUGAAUUCAAAAGACAACAUCAUUUGUCAAGAGAAAUUAAUUGAUGAAUAUUAAAUGGCUAUACCAAUUACAUUCCAUUCAUUACAUGAAACAUCUAAUACAGAAUUAAUGAUACAUUCAUGUGAUAUAAAUAAAUCACAUCUAUCGUCUAUAUCUUCGAAUAAUUCAUAUUAUAAUACAAUAGGACAUAUUGAUGAAUCAGAUCAUAUAGAUACAAAUGGAUUAUUUCCUGAAUGGUCAUUAAAAUUAUCAUCUAAACAAGAUCAUUAUGAUAAACUUAAUACUGAUGAUAUAACACAUUAUACUGAUCAGAUAUUACAUAAUAACAAUAAUAAUAAUAUCGAAUUGAAUGAUCCUAAAUUAUCCUAUUCAACAGAAUGUAAUAUAGUAGAAGAAGAAACUCAUUCAACUUUAUUACCUAAUUGUCUCACUAAAGGUUUAAAUGACUUGGUAACUAAAUUAAAUAAUAAUGAUCAUCAUAAUCAUGAUGUAUUAUACAAUCAAUCUGAUUGUUAUAAUACCCAUGAAUUAUCUAAUUGUGAUAUUAUUAUACCUUCAACAUUCAAUAUUAUUACAUCAUUGAAUAAUACAGAUCACGUUAAUCAUAAAACAAAUUCAUUCAAUUCAUCUAAAUGGUAUCCUAUAUUACAUAAUCGUUGUAAUACCGAUUAUUUAUAUAAUCCAUUAUUAACAAAAUAUGAUGAUCAUUCAUUGAUUUUAUCAACGAAUUAUACAAAUGAUACAUUGAAUUUAUCAAAAAUGUUUAAUUUAGAUAAUCAUGAAUUUGAUCAAUUGAAUGUAAAUAAAUUGCAUCCAGUUACAUCAUCAUCAUCAGCAACAUCCACAUCUUCGUCAUCAUCAUCGUCCUCCUCCUCCUCAUUCUCAUCCUCUUCUUCAUCUUCAUCAUUUAAUGAUAAAGAUGUACGAAGUUAUUUUCUUGAAGAAGGAACAUCGUUUGAAAAAGUUCGACAUUUAACAACGAAUAAAAAUGUUUUACAUAAACAUGAUUUAGUAGAAUCUUCAAAGAAUUAUCAUAAUAAUAAUAAUAAUAAUAAUGAUACUAUAAUGCCAAAGAAAGAAAUUGUAAAAAAGCAUAUUAUGAAUUCAUAUGAGAAUAAAUAUGAACAAGAGAAAAUGAUUUCGUCACCAAAUUAUCCUUCCUCGUCAAUUGUUUCAUAUAAUAAUAAUAAUCAUACUAAUUGGAUGAAUAAAGAUAAUAAUAUUAAAAGUAUACAAGAUCAUGAAACGUGUACAACAACAACAACAACAACAACAACAACAACUACUACUACUAUUAGUAGUAGCAGCAGUUUAAAGAAAAUUCCAUCUUUAUCAUCAUUGAAAUCAUCACGUUUAAAACGUAAAAUUGAUGGUACUUAUUCAUCUUAUAUCAUAAAUCAUGAAACAUCAAUCUAUGAAAAAGAAUCAUUGAAAUUAAUGAAAGAAUAUUCUAAACAAUCUAUUGAUUUAUAUAAUAAUAAUAAUAAUAAUCAUUUUAUUGAUUAUUCUAUUAAAUCAUCUACAUCAAAUAAUGAAUUACAAUUUAUCACUGAUUCUCAUUUAAUCGAUAAUGAUCAUUUAUUCAAUCAAUAUAAUGAUUCAUUACCAUGUUAUUUAUCAUCAAAUAUUGAUUUAAAUAAACAAAUUAUAAAUCAACAUCAUGAAUAUUUAUAUAAUACAUCAAUUAAUUCGAUUGAACAUUUUCCUAUAAUCAAUAAUAUAACAUCAUCAUCCUAUAUACCACAAAAAUCAAUACAAUUCGAUUAUUAUGAUAAUCAUAAUCAUAAUAAUAGUAAAUCAAUAGAGAAAUCAAUCAAUCAUAAAAAUGAUGAAACGAUUACAUUAAUAAAUAAUAUAGAUAAAAUAAAUAAUAAUAAUAAUAAUCAUAAUGAAUAUUCAAUUUAUUCUACAGAACAAUUAAAUCCUAUUAAUCCUAUAGAUCAUUUUAAUUCAAUUACAUUUGAUUAUUGUAAUCAUCCAAUGACACAUAGAUAUAUAUCAUGUACAAAUGAUGAAUAUCAUUCUUCUCCUUCUCCUCCUCCUCCUCCUCCUCCUCCACCUCCACCUCCUCCUGAUCCUCAUCCUCAUCAUCAUCAUCACCAUCAUCAACAUCAUAAAUUAACUAUAAGUAAUACAUUUAAUGAAGAAUUACAACACCCACCACCACCACCACCACAGCAACAACACCAACACCAAUCAGCACCACCACCACCAUCACAACAACAACAACAAUCAUUAUCUAAAUUGAAUAGUAAUAAUAAUAACAAUAAUACAACAUUAGAUUAUUUUAAUAUAAAUCCAUUAACUUAUUUAUCAUCGAAUAUAUUACCUUCAACAGAUAUUAAUGAUAAAUUAAAAAUGAAUUCAAAAUAUUUAGCUGCACAACAAGCAUUAAUAGUUAAAUAUUUUAAUCAUAAUCAUCAUAAUAAUAAUAAUCAUUUAACAACAAUAUCUCAUUUUAAUGAAUUCAAUGAAUUCUUUAAUGAAACUAAUGAAAUUAAUCGAACCAAUGAAAUGAAUGGAAUUAAUGAAAUCAAUCGAACCAAUGAAAUGAAUGGAAUUAAUGAAAUCAAUCAAACCAAUGAAAUGAAUGGAAUGAAUACAAUCAUUACAAAUGAAAAUACUAUGAUUAAUCAUUCAUCUAUUCAUUCAAUAUUAAAUAAUGAUAUGAUACUCCCUAUUGAAGAUAGUACUACUACUAUUACUACGACUACUAGUACUACUACUACUACUACUAAUCAUAAUGAUGAAUUAUGUUUAAAUAGAUUUGAUCCUUUUAUACAUUUACCAACAUCUAAUACACUUAAUUGUAUUCAUGAUUGUAAAGAUCAUUGUUUAGUAACAACAAUAAAAGAUAAGAAUUUCAUUGAUUCUAAUAUGAAAUUAUGUAAUAUGAAUACAAUGACAAAAAGAUUUCAACAUAAAUGUUCAUAUAAUCCAUUAGAUCUAGAUAAUAAUGAUAAUAAGAAUCAAUUAUAUCAUAAUCCAUCAACAAUCUUAUUGAAUAAUAGAUCUAAUCAUUAUAUGAAUGAACCAAUUUUAUUCAAUGAUACAUUCAUGAAUAAAUCGAAUACCGAUUCAUAUUUACAUUCAUAUCAUUGUUUUAUGAAUGGAAUAGAUACAUUCGAUGAAAAGAAUCUAAAAUUAUAUAAUGAACAUAAUACAUGUAUCAGUCCAUUAUUACUAUUAUCAUCAUCAUCAUCAUCAUCGUCAUCAUCAUCAUCAUCUUCUUCAUCGUCAUCGACGUCAUCAUCAUCGUCAUCGUCAUCAACACAUUCCACAACAUCAUCAACAUCAUUAUCAUCUACUUUAUUAUUAUCUUCUACAUCUACACCAUCAAUGAUAUCAUUUAGUUCGAAUCAUUCUAGAUUAUCAAAAGUUUCUAAUUAUAAUUUAAAUGAUAUCAAUUCUAUAUCAAUGAAUGAAACAGAUUGUCAUCAAUUAUGUUUAGUUUGUGGUGAUAAUGCAGCAUGUCAACAUUAUGGUGUAAGAACAUGUGAAGGAUGUAAAGGUUUCUUUAAACGGACAAUUCAAAAAAAUGCACAAUAUGUAUGUCUUCAAGCUAAAAAUUGUGUAGUAGAUAAACGUCGACGUAAUCGUUGCCAAUAUUGUCGAUUUCAAAAGUGUUUAAAAGUUGGAAUGGUUAAAGAAGUCGUUCGUCGGGAUAGUCUUAAAGGUCGUCGAGGUCGUUUAUCAUCUAAAGCACGUUGUCAAUUAAAUGAACAUGGUGGAUUAGCCAAUUGUUAUAAUGAUGGUAAUAUUAAUAAAAAUCUAUUACCUUUACAUAGUUUUCUUCAUAAACGUAAUAGUAUAUCACCAAAUUUUUCAUCUAUUCAUGGUAAACGUUACUCAGGUUCUAAUAUACAAUUAAAUCAUACAAAUAGAACAAAUUCCAAUACUGUAAAUUCAACUGUUACACUUUUAUCAAUGUUAAGUAGAGCAUAUGAAAUGGUUGGACCAAGAAGUCAUUCUGUAAUGAAUAAUAAUGAGAAUAAUUUGAUUCAAAGUAAUGAAUGCUCAAAAAAACAUGACGUAUUAAAUGGCGAGGUUGAAGAUUCUUUACAAGCUUCAUCUGAUGAUACCGAAAUUGAUGAACAUUAUACAAAUAAAUUUUGUUCAAUUCUAGAAGAAUCCAUGCAAGAAUUAAAACAUUAUGCUGAAUUAGUUCCAGGAUUUAUGAAUUUAUCAAUAAAUGAUCGUGAAAUCAUGUUAAAUUUACAUUAUUUAGAUUUAUUAAGUUUUCGUUUAGCUUGGAGGUGUGCCAUGGAAACAGAAGUCACUACACAUUCAAACUAUACACCAACAUCAUCUAUAGAAAAUCAUUCCGAUAAUUGUAUAAAAUUAAAUCAAAUUAUACAUGAAAAUUCUUUCAUAGAAAAACCGUUUGAAAUCUCUUCAUCCAUAAGAAUGACACCGACAACACCUUCAGCAACAACAACACAUACAACAACACCAACGGAAACAACAGCACUAUUACCAGUAACAACAACAUCAACAACCACAGCAACAACAAUGACUAAAACAAAUACAUCAUCUAAUUAUGAAAAUAUUUAUAUUCCAACUAUAAAUAAUUGGAAUCAACAAAUGCAUCAUUCAAGAAUGGAUAAAUCGCGUUUUAUUGAUUAUUAUAAAACAAACUACUUAUUAAAUAAUAGUAGUCAUAAUAAUAAUCAUAAAAAUAAAGAAAUUUUAUUUAUUUUUGAAAAUGGUAAAUCAAUGUCAUAUAGAGAAUUAUUAAAAUCUGGUUUUGGUAAUUGGGCUAAUCAAAUUAAACAAUUUAGUACACAAUUAAAACUAUUAAUACAAGAUGAUUAUAAUGCAAUUUGGGGUUUAGCUGCAUUAAUUUUAGUGAAUUAUAAAUCAAUCAAUUAUCUCACUCCAUUGUCAAAUUCUAGUGAAGUUUAUUCAUUACAUCAUAGAUUUGUUGAAAUGUUAAAAAGUCAUUGUUGUUCAUCAACUCAACAUAUAAAUUUAACAUCAAAUACACAAACAUCAUUCAUUUAUGAUUCGACUACUACUACUAACAAUAAUAAUACUACUAACAAUAUUAUAAGUAGUAAUAAUAAUUCAUCUAAAAAAGCUAAUAAACUUAAUACAAAUGAUCAUCUAAUAUCCACUUCAUUAUUACGUAAUGAUUCAACAUAUUUUUCUAAAGUAUUUCAACAAAAAGAUAUGAUACAUGAAAUGACACGUGAAUAUUUAAUUCAACCAUUACAACACUUAUAUGAUCAUGAUCCAAAUACAUAUUCAUGGUUAAAAGAUAUUUUAGAAAUAAUCAAAUUAUCCGACUAGAUGUAAACACGAUCAAGAUCCAUUUUGUUGGAUCAAUAAUGAUCUUAUUCAUAAGGAGAUAAUAAUAAAUAACUAAUGGUAUGGAAAGUAAAACAAACAAACACACAAACAAACAAAAAGUCACAAUUAUCUUCUAUCAUGAUGAUUAUUAAAUUUCUACAGGUAAAAUAAACUCAGUUUUCGCUCCGCUCCGCCCCCCCCACGAUCCACCCCCUCCCCAAUUUUUUUCCCAUUUUUUUAUUAAAUAAAUCAAUAUUCGUUUUUUCUUCCUCAAAUAGUUUCCAUUUAUCUCAUUUUGGUAUCAUUAAAGUUCUAUCAAGAAAUGAACAGUCUAAUAGGAUGAUAAAUGAUGUAUUAUAGUGAGGUUAAAUCAAAUAGAUAAUUAUAUAUAUACAUAAAGAGACAGAGAGAGAAAGAGAGACACAAUUUACUAUUAUGCUUUACAUUAUAUAUUGUAUUCAUGAAUUAAAACAAAAAACAAAAACAAUAAAGACAAAUAAAAUUAAUGCAGCUUAUGAUUUAUUCAUUCUUUUUUAAUGGAUUCAGUAUAUACUACUUAUAAUUCGUGAUUAAGAAUAGAAAACGACAAUGUUUUUGUUGUUGUUGAUUAUUACGUAACACUAUUACUAUUAUUACUAUUAUUAUUACUAUUACUAUGGUUACUAUUAUUAUUAUUAUUAUUAUUAUUAUCGAUUAAGUAAUCAGUCAAUAAAAUGUAAUCAUUCAAAAGACAAUCAUCUGAUUAAGUGAUUUGUUAGAUAAUUUAAAGAAAAUCUUUAUUACUACUGAUAAGACUACUCAAUAUUACUACUACUACUACUACUACUCCUAUUACUAUUACUAUUACUACGAUUGUUUUGUUUUUUCUAAUUACUAUGGAUAAUAUUAUAUGUAUGAAAAUGGCUAAAUAAAAACACAAAAAACAAACCCAUAAAGAUCGAUACAUGUGUAUAAACAAGUUACUAUGUGGAGGGUGUUUUUUUUUGUUGUCGUUGCGAUUUUCAGUGAUAACAAUGAUUAACAUUAUGUUACUAAUUAAUUUAUUACUUUAAAGAAAAGAAAAUAUAAAGAAAUUGAGUGUAAAA